GGCCUGUUGUUAUGCGGGAAUCCCGGGCGCAGGGCGCAGAGCGCGGCCGUUUCCUGCCCUGAUGCAUGGUGGUCGGACGGAGGAAUUGUUGGAAAAUUGUGUCGGAGGUAAUAAACAUGUUGCUGGCUCAGAUAAACCGCGACUCGCAAGGAAUGGCGGAGUUCACCGGAGGGGGCGGGGAGGGCCAGCAUGUCACGCUGUGUCUCACCGAGGCCGUAACAGAUGGAGAGAGUAUGGAGACGAUGGAAGGGGUCAGUCUACAAGCGGUCACAUUAGCGGACGGCUCCACGGCGUACAUCCAGCAUAACGCAAAAGAUGGGAAAUUAAUGGAAGGACAGGUCAUCCAGCUGGAGGAUGGCUCUGCCGCCUAUGUCCACCACGUCCCCAAAAGUGACAGUCUUCAUCUGGAGGAUGGGCAGGCUGUGCAGCUGGAAGACGGGACCACUGCUUACAUCCAUCACUCUACCAAAGACUCCUAUGACCAGAGCUCUGUACAGGCCGUGCAGCUCGAAGACGGCACGACGGCGUACAUCCAUCACACGGUGCAGGUCCCGCAGCCCGACACCAUCCUGGCUAUCCAGGCAGACGGCACGGUGUCCGGACUACACACGGGAGAAGCCACCAUCGACCCGGACACCAUCACUGCUUUGGAACAGUAUGCCGCCAAGGUGUCGAUCGAAGGUGCAGAGAAUGUGGGCAGCAACACCUUAAUCACAGACUCUGAGACAGAGAAGAAAAUGCAGAUUGUAUUACAAGGUCACCAGCCUCGAGUAACGGCAAAACCCCCGCAGACAAACGAGAAGGCCUUUCGCUGCGACUUCGAUGGUUGCGGCAAACUAUACACAACCGCACAUCAUCUUAAGGUCCAUGAACGAUCACACACGGGGGACCGGCCUUAUCAGUGCGAACAUGGAGGUUGUGGAAAAGCGUUUGCAACAGGUUACGGAUUGAAAAGCCACGUACGCACUCACACAGGAGAGAAGCCUUACAGAUGUACAGAGGAAAAUUGCACCAAAUCAUUCAAAACGUCGGGAGACCUCCAGAAACACAUCCGAACGCACACAGGAGAAAGGCCGUUUAAAUGUCCAUUUGAAGGCUGCGGAAGGUCCUUCACUACCUCCAACAUCCGAAAAGUUCACAUCCGAACGCAUACGGGGGAGCGGCCUUAUUACUGCUCAGAACCGGGCUGCGGAAGAGCGUUCGCCAGCGCCACCAACUACAAGAACCACGUGCGGAUACACACAGGUGAGAAGCCUUACGUCUGUACGGUACCCGGCUGCGACAAGCGGUUCACAGAAUAUUCCAGCCUAUACAAGCACCACGUGGUUCACACACACUCCAAACCGUACAACUGCAACCACUGCGGCAAAACCUACAAACAGAUCUCCACGCUGGCCAUGCACAAGAAGACGGCACACAACGACACGGAGCCCAUCGAGGAGGAACCCGAGAGCUUCUUCAUACCUCAGCCACCAGAUGAUGUCCUGAAAGGCUCUCAGAUUGCAUACGUCACGGGCAUGGAGACAGAGGACGGCAUAUCGACAGCAGUGACGCAAUCAGGACAACAGCUGGCUCUGAUUUCCCAGGACGGCACCCAACAUAUUCGAUGCCCUUUCCAGGUGGCCAUUGUUGCUCAGGAUCUCUCGGCAUUCCACGCGGCCUCCUCAGAAAUGAGCCAACAGCAGCAUAGCCACCACCUCGUCGCCACCGAGACCAGGCCGGUCACCCUGCUAGCCACGUCCAACGGGACGCAGAUAGCAGUGCAGUUGGGCGAGCAGCAAUCUCUGGAAGAAGCCAUUCGGAUAGCAUCGCGGAUACAACAGGGAGAAUCUCCCGGAAUGGACGAAUAGCCUCCGCCGCAUACCCCCCCCAGUGUGCUCAUCAGACAGCCGCGGACCGGGGCGCGCUACCUCCCCCAUCCCCCGACAAAAGACGUGCGGACUUCGAAGACGCUCGCCGCCAAUUUUGAACAUUUCACCUCCUGCAUUCUGGAUAUUUAUAGGGAGAAAAGACUGGGAUUUUAUAUUGGAUUUGUAAUAUAAUGAUCAUCGUCGUGGAACUGCGGGCGAGAUCCGCAGAUAAAGUCACAUUUCAGCGCGGCUCCUGCCCUGCUUCUCCGCAUCAACCAAUAACGUUCCUUAUUCCUCUGGGCCUCUGCCAGCUUGUACUUAUUGUAAAUAGAGAUCAUUAAUGCUACAAAGUGUUAAUACUAUUUUAUCUUGGAAGAAUUAUGUACAAAGAUUUGCCAUUGUGAAAUAUUAAAAGUAUUGAAUACA